AUGCAUUUCCCAACCAUUCUCUUUCUAAGCGCCACCCUCGCUUCAGCCCAACUCAACCCCCAGCAAUUCGGCCCCGGCCCAGCAGAAUUGGAAUACAUCCCAGGCAACAACGGAGGCUCAAACAACAACCAGAAUCAAAAACAAGGCCAGAAAUACAACAGCAACGGAAUCGGCAAGAUCGGCGGCAAGUAUGAAGAGGGCUACGCCGACUAUCAAGACAAUGUCCCAAGCCGUCCCACUACAUUCAUAGUGCAACCUUCUCAAGCACCUGUGAAUUUCCAUGCCCCGGUCUACCAGGAUGCAACUCCUUAUAACCGAAACCCAGCGCAUCCCCAAGCUUUUACUGCUCAGAAAGCAUCCAGCCAAGAUUCCCCCUACGGUCCGGGAAAGCCAGAGGUUCCGCCUUCGCCCUUCAUGAAGCAUUCUUUCGGCAAAGAUGAGGGUAAUGCCUUCUGUAUGGGGCAGUGCUUUGCUAAUAAGCACGAGGCGAAGUGUGCAAAGCCUUAUGUGAGUUUUUCCGCGUAUAAGAUAUAG